AUGUCGGUCGAUUUCACGACGUGCACGAAAGGAAUUACUCAGCUUACCACUGGUAAAUUGAUCUCUUUUUCUGAGCAAGAGUUGGUAAAUUGUGAUACAAGUAGAGAAGACCAAGGUUGUGAAGGUGGCUUGAGGGACGAUGCCUUUCAGUUCAUCCAACAAAAUCAUGGGAUUAGUACUGAAGCUAGUUACCCCUACAUCGGUGUUGACGGUACAUGCAACACCAAGAAAGAAGCCACCAUUGCAGCCAGGAUAACUGGAUAUGAAGAUGUUCCUGCAAAGAGUGAAAAGGCUUUUCUUGUUGACGUGACACUUCUUACUACUGUUUCUCAUCAACCAAUUUCUGUUGCCAUUGAUGCUAGUGGUCCUGAUUUCCAAUUCUAUUCAAGUGGUGUCUAUACAGAAACUUGUGGAACGAGCCUAGACCAUGGUGUUACUGCAGUUGGUUACGGCAUGAGUGAUGAUGGGACCAAGUAUUGGUUAGUAAAGAACUCAUGGAGUAUAAAAUGGGGUGAAGAGGGGUACAUAAGAAUGCAAAGAGAUGUUGAUGUAGCUGAAGGACUUUGUGGCAUAGCGAUGUCUGCCUCUUACCCCACUGCAUAG